AUGGAGCCGGAUUGGGAAAGGAACAGCACUCCCUGCAGCGACCCUGGGGACGUCCUGACCCAGGUGGGGGAUCUCAACUGGACUCUCUUCCACACCCGGGAUGAGGAGCUAGCCCGGGCCGAGAUUGGGGUGCUGGCCACCAUCCUGGCACUUGCCGCCGUGGGCAACCUGGGGGUGCUGCUGGCCAUGUACCGGCUGAGGAAGAAGAUGAGCAGGAUGCACCUCUUCAUCCUGCACUUGGGGCUGACCGACCUGGGGGUGGCGCUUUUCCAGGUGCUGCCCCAGAUGAUCUGGGAGGUGACCUACCGCUUCCUGGGGCCUGACCUGCUCUGCAGGGCUGUCAAGUACCUGCAGGUGCUAAGCAUGUUCGCCUCCACCUACAUGCUCAUCAUGAUGACUCUGGACCGCUACAUGGCCGUGUGCCACCCGCUGCGCACCCUGCAACAGCCAGGUAGGCAGGCCUACCUGAUGAUCGGGGCCACCUGGCUGCUCAGUGGCCUGCUCAGCCUGCCCCAGGUCUUCAUCUUCUCAUUGCAGGAGGUGCACCAGGGCUCCGGGGUGCUGGACUGCUGGGCUGACUUCAGGUACCCCUGGGGCGCCCGGGCCUACAUCACCUGGACCACACUGUGUGUCUUCGUCCUGCCCAUGGGCAUCCUCACCAUCUGCUACAGCCUCAUCUGCCACGAGAUCUGCAAGAACCUCCGGGGCAAGACGCAGAGCGGAGCAGAGAUGGGAGCGGAGUGCCGCUGCAGCCAGGCCUCCCGGGUGAGCAGUGUGCGCACCAUCUCCAGGGCCAAGAUCCGCACGGUGAAGAUGACCUUUGUCAUCGUGCUGGCCUAUGUCGCCUGCUGGGCGCCCUUCUUCAGCGUGCAGAUGUGGUCGGUGUGGGACGAGAACGCCCCGGAUGACGAGUCCACCAACGUGGCAUUCACCAUCACCAUGCUGCUGGCCAGCCUCAGCAGCUGCUGCAACCCCUGGAUUUACAUGUUCUUCAGCGGGCACCUCCUGCACGACAUCCUGUGGUACGUCUCCUGCUGCGGGAGCUUCCGGCCUGGCCUCAAGAGGCAAAUCUCCAACGGGAGCCUCUGCAGCAGGAAAACCACCAUCCUGACUCAGAGCCACCAAACCGACACCCCUGGGAUCCAGCUGCAGCAGGGGGACUUGAAAGAUUUCUACCAGUCCUACGAGGACACGGUGACGGAGUCAGGUGUGCUCUAG